AAAUCGUCCCGGCGCGAUGGGUGAUGGCGGUGCUCGGCUGCGUCGGGUUCAUGAUCGUCUACGGCCUGAAGGUUAACCUCAGCGUCGCCAUCAUCGCCAUGGUGAAUCACACGGCGGUGGCUGAGAUGGGCGGCCACCACGGCGACGAGGCCGAGGAGCACCACGGGGGCGGCAACGGCACCCUCAACGAGUGCGGCGUCGAGGAGAAGAAGGAGACGCUGGAGGACGGACCCUUCGCGUGGGACGACAACAUUCAAGGACUGAUUCUCGCGGCUUACUUCUACGGUUACAUCUUCACUCAGGUUCCUGGCGGUUGGGUAGCCGAGAAGUUCAGCGCAAAGCACGUGUUCGGUGUCGGAGCUCUUUUGAAUGCCCUGUGUGCCCUGCUGUGCCCCCUCGCCUCCAAAGCCUCAUACAUUGUCCUGGUCGCCCUUAGGAUAGUCAUGGGUAUUGCUGGGGGUGUAACGCUUCCGGGCAUGCACGUUCUUAUCGCCAGCUGGGCACCACCUCAGGAAAGGAGUAAAAUCGCUUCUACUAUUUAUGCCGGCAUGACUCUGGGCACAUUGGUUUGCAUGCCCUUCUCCGGUCUGCUUGCCUCUGAACUCGGUUGGGAAUCUGUCUUCUACAUUCAAGGCGGACUUUCUCUCCUGUGGUACAUCCUGUGGCUGAUAUUCGUUUAUGAUUCCCCGGCCAAACACCCAAGGAUCUCGCGGGCCGAAAGGCGCUUCAUUGAGGAAUCCAUCGGCACUUGUUCCAAGUCUGAGAAACCCCCAAUCCCGUGGAAGAGCGUGUGGACCUCUAUGCCCGUGUGGGCCAUCAUCGUUGCCCAUACCUGCAGCAACUGGGGCUGGUAUAUGCUUCUCGUCAAGCUGCCCACCUACAUGCGCUACAUUCUCAAAUUCGAUAUCAAAGCUAACGCAGGGCUAUCAGCUGUACCGUUCUUGUGCAUGUGGAUCUUCACUAUGCUCAACGCUAACAUCCUGGACUUGCUCCGUUCCAAGGGCCUCAUCACUACAACGUUUGCUCGAAAGUUCUCGACUUUCGUUGCUUCCGUCCUGCCUGCUAUCUGCCUGGUUUCCGUGACAUACGUGGGCUGCAACACAGACCUCGCGGUGGCCCUGCUCACCCUGGGCACCAUGUUCAUCGGCGGGAUGUAUUCCGGCUUCCUCUCCAACCACAUUGACAUCGCCCCGCCCUACGCCGGGACGCUCAUGGGCAUCACGAACACCUUUGCCACCGUCCCUGGCAUCGUCGUCCCUUCCUUUGUGGGAUACAUGACCCAUGGCAACCAAACCGUGGAGGCCUGGCGAGUCAUCUUCUUCAUCACGCUGGGCAUCUUCGGGCUGGAGGCCGUGUUCUUCUCGAUCUUCGGGUCGGGCGAGGAGCAGCCGUGGGUGAGGCCCAAACCCAAGCCGGGCGACCCCGAGCAGAUGAGGCUCAACGAGGCCUAAGGAGGUGCAGUCACGAAGGCUAAACCUCACGGGAUCAAACAACGCACCAUUAAAGAAAGUGGAGAUCUGAAUGAAGUGAAAGAGGCGAGGAAGAGAGAGAACGAGAGAUAAAUAGGGAAGGACGAAGGGUCUCAUCUCAAGGCUAUGAUUGGGCAUGUUGCGUCCUGAUUUGGGUCCUCUCGCAGAAUAAACAACACAAAUAGAUAUAAUCGAGAAAUCAUGCACCUAGAAAGUUACAGAUGAACUGAGGUACAUGACAAAUGGGGCAGCCAGAAGUAAUUGGCCCAUGGCAGUUGCUGAGAAGAGGAUGUAGUCACGAUGCUCUUGUGUGGUUCCAGUAUCAGCCUGUGACUUUUUCUCAAAUUUAGAAGAUAAGUAUAUAUAUUAUAUAAAUAACUGAGUGAACUGUUUGAAGGAGCAAAAAAGACAAUGAAAGAGCCCAAGGUUCGUAAACACUUAUGAGACAAUUACAGAAAUGGAUCGACUAUUCUAGAAGCAAAUGAAAUUACAUGAUGUGCCCUUUCGUUCACCAAUAAGGUUUAAGUAAUAUAUAUGAUUAAUAAUGAUGAGAAAGUAACCAUCCUGUAUAAAAUAUGCAAUACUGUUCCGCAUAUUCUCAUGCAGGUCUUUUGAGAGACCUAACAGGAUUUGCUUAAACGUCUAUUAUAAGUAAAUUCAAAGCAUGAAGUAGAAGAAAGCUACUUUACAGCUAACGGCUUUAUAAUCCAGUUAUUUUCUUUGUUAGCUUUCUGAAGGGUUUGUUGGUAAAUUUAACUGUUAAAUUGAUAUAUUUUCAACUGCCUUCCUAUUCAAUAUAGAUAUAUCCAAUAUAAAGAGUAGUCAUAUUGUGAAUAUGCAAUGAAUGGAAUUCAGUUCAUCUGGGAUUUCGUUGUAAUUGUUCGUCUGGAGACUGUUCUACGUUCUGUGAAUGCAAAUGAAUGCUAUGUGUUCAGAUUUGUUUAAGGAAUAUAUACAUUUUUAUCUAUUAGUUUAGGAAUAACGACCAUCAAUGGAAAUGUUGAUGUUGUCGCUUUACACAAUUAUACAUUCAUACGUCGAUCUGCAUAAAUAGCUGUGUAUUUAUAGUAUAUCAUCAUGUUAACACGUCGCAUAGCAAGUAGUUGUGUAUUCAUAAUGUACAAUGUAAACUUGCCAUAUGUAUCAUAUUUACAUAUUGCAAAAAACGGAAUACUGAAAAGAGUUAUUUUUCCACGGAUAUUUAUUUUAAAUCUAUAUCUACUGAAGAGAUUCCUCUGUAGCAAGAUAAUUAUUUUAUAACACUGUACAAGUGAGGUUCUGAAAAAAAUACCAUAUAGCAGACCGUCAUAAUUAUGUAAUAUGAAUAGAAGAACUAAAUAGUAAUUCAUGCUGUAUGCACUGCAAAGUUCCUUGGCUUUAUUCUGUUAUUAAGAAAUGCCAAACAAAUUCAAACGGUAUCGCAAAAACUAAUGGGGUGAAUUAAUUUAUGAUAUAAUAGGCCUUCGUCGGUAUAAUACAGUGUGCGUACGCAGCUUUGUUCUGGCCGUCCUCCGAAAGCCUUCAGACCAGAGGUUCCCAAAUUGAUGUGCACAUAUCCUUUGGAGUAAGGGAAGGAAUUUCCUUGGGGUACUCGACUUGCUUCUUAUGCUUAUUUUUCUGUUAUAUCCAAUUUAAAGGAUUAAUCUAUCUUAUUUCAGGAUCUUGUUAGUUUUGCAAGAUUCAAUAACAUUUUAGAAUAUACAAUAGUGGUGAUGGGAAUCUUCAAGGGGCACGUAGCUGACCUUAGUUUGGGAACCACUGCUUAAGAUCAACCCACAAUAACAUGUCCCCACCAAAAUAUAAAAAGGGAAAAAGAAAUUUCAUUAAUCAUAAAUGUAUUUUUACUAAUGUGUUCGAAAACCUUUGAGUAGUGUUUUCCCCAUAAACCUGUUUUUGAUUAUUCUUUUGUUGUUUUUGUGAAGUAAUAAAAGACUUAUUUUGAAUAAUUA